AGACUCGCGGCGCUCUGCGAGCUGGGCUCCUCCCGCCCCGCUGACCCGCUGCGCUCCGCCUGCAGGGCGCGGCCUUCUGCCGGCGCCGCGGCGCUCAGGGCACAGACGCAGUCUCCGAACCGUCCGGCAGCUUGUAUCGGUUCAGCGGCGGCACAGACUCGCUCGGGCUUGUCGUCGGCGCCGCCCGGCCCGUUGUGCACCCGCCCGCCCGAUCGCCCGAGCUCCCGCCCGUGUCCCCCGGCUGGUCCAGGCGGUGCGGGCAUCACCUCCACGGCGGCCCCUCAGGACGCGCGGAUCGGACUCCCCGCGCCCAGGGCGGACGGGGUCAUGAGGCACCUGCCGUACUUCUGCCGCGGCGAAGUGGUGCGGGGCUUCGGGCGCGGCUCCAAGCAGUUGGGCAUCCCCACAGCUAACUUUCCUGAACAAGUAGUAGAUAAUCUUCCAGCUGAUCUCUCCACUGGCAUUUAUUAUGGUUGGGCCAGUGUGGGAAGUGGAGAUGUCCACAAGAUGGUGGUGAGCAUAGGAUGGAACCCAUACUACAAGAACACGAAGAAGUCCAUGGAAACUCAUAUCAUGCACACCUUCAAAGAGGACUUCUAUGGGGAAAUCCUCAACGUGGCCAUCGUUGGCUACCUCAGACCAGAAAGGAACUUCGAUUCUUUAGAGUCACUUAUUUCAGCCAUUCACGGUGAUAUUGAGGAAGCUAAGAAACGACUUGAUUUACCAGAACAUUUGAAACUCAAAGAAGACAGUUUCUUCCAGGUUGCUAAAAGCAAAAUAAUGAAUGGCCACUGAUGAAAAAUUAUCUUAUUUAUUCAUUCACUGUUUUCUUGUAUUUUACUGCUCAUAACUGUGCAAUCUAAUCUUGGUUCUAUUUUAAAAAUCAAACCUUUUCCUACAGCUGUGAAUUAGUUUAAACAGUACAGUGUAGUUACGCUUCAGCUGUUCAGUUAAACCCAUCAUGCUACAGUACUAAAAAGAUUCGUUGUAAAAAUCAAGAUUCUUUUUAAUGUGAUAUAUAGAUUAAAAUCUACCACUGGAAAGGUCUUGAGUGUCUUAUAAUGGAGAUGAAAUGUAUAUAAGUGUGGGUAAAAAGGGAAGUCACUAGUUGGAGAUGAGAAGGACAGCUCUCAUGGUAAAAUAGUCGCAUGUCUGUACUUGUAUAGCAUGUGCCGCUCAACAGAGAAGGUGAUAAAAGUCAGUGGAUUAAACAGAGGUUUGAUAGUUUAUGACAAACCUCAGGGGGAAAAUCAAGACUUUGUAUUUGUGAUAUUUUGUACAUUAAUGUAUUAUUAGACAUGAAGACUUGUGAAAUUUCACUGUAAUCAGUCAUUUCCUUGAUGGGGUCAGAUCAUUGUACUGUGUUCCAUUUUUGUUACAGCUGCUUCGGACUAAUUGGUCUAGACUCCCUCUGCCUAUCUUUUUUUUCUUGUUUGUCUUUUAAAACAGUAAAAUGAGUGUUUUCUGAAUCUCUAGGUCCUGUGUUGUAUAACACUUCUCUAUUUUUAAGAUAGAUGUUCGUCUUCAACAUUUUUCUUGACUUUGGUUCUUUUUUUCCUUUAAACAAUUGUCAGUCUCAGUUUUUUUCCAUUUAGCUUAUCCCACAACUGUUCACUUAGAGAAGACUGCAUCUGUGUCUACCAUUCCAUCCCUUCACUAUAUGGACAAUGAUUAAGUGCAUAACUGUAUUACAUUUUAGGAAAAAACUUCAUAUUUAGGUUUUUUCAAAGUUUAAAAGAAUGUGUAACAGUUAAUUUAUAUAUACCAGUUUCUUAAAGAACAAAAUACUUGUUUUCUCCCAGGAAAACUAUUUAAGAGCCACUUAAACUAUGAAACAGAAAGUUAUUUAUUUUUAAUGUGAUCAUAUGUUCCUGAGCAGAUGUAAAUUUGUAUGCGCACAAUAUAAUUUAAUGCUAAAGAGUGCUUGCAUCUUGGGGGAAAGGCAUAAACAAUAAAGUUUUAGUUAGAUAACCUUCA